CGGCUGCUGCCGCUCGAGCUCGUGGACAAGUGCAUCGGCUCGCGCAUCUGGGUCAUCAUGAAGGGCGACAAGGAGGUCGUCGGCACGCUCCGCGGCUUCGACGAGUACGUCCUCGACGACGUGACCGAGUACUGCGACGGCGCGAAGACGCAGCUGGACCAGAUCCUCCUCAACGGGAACAACGUCUCCAUGAUGGUGCCCGGGGGCGACCCCGAG